UUGGCGGGUCUGGCGUGGCUGGAUUUGUAUUCUAAGAAAUGGCUUCAAAAAGACCCAGCAGAACCAAGAAGCUUAGGAAGAACAACUCUUCUUUCAACUUCCAAACCCUAAUUUCCUCUCUUUCUUCUCCUCAGAGACUAAAACCAGAAACACUGGAAGGCUUGUAUUUGCUACUGCUUACUUUAAGCUGCUCUGAUUCCGAAUGCAAUUUAAAUUUCUCGGAAACCGAGUUCAAUUGCAACGAUUACAAACACAAAUUCAAGGAUACUCGUGAAAUCUCAUGUGUCUUACUCGACAAACUCAAUGCCAAGUUCAAUGAAUUAUUCUCUGCUUUGAAUGAUGCUUCCCCCCACCCGAUUCAUUCCCACUUUAUCUUCCAUGUCAAUGUUGAAGCUUCCAUUAAAGAGCUAACUUUGCUUUUGAGAUGCUGCGUUGUUGUUUCAAAUUGCUUGAUUUGGAUCAGAAGCUUCUUGUCGAAAAAGGUCGAAUUCUAUUGGGGAUACUAAGGAAAUGUGUUUCUGUGGAGUUAAAGGGAGGGAAUGAGAAACCUUAUAAUAGUUUCGAGAAGGAGGUUUCGUAUAAAUGUAUGUAUGUCGAUAAUGGUUGUACUACUCUCCACGCUGAGCACUUGGUUACUUCCUUAAGUUUCGCGGAACUUUCUAAUCCAUUUCAUGCCAUUUUAUGUGCUGU